CAUAGAACCCAAUCACAGCUCACCACAUUCAUCACUGCUUUUUUGUUUUCUACUCUUAUUAUUGCUUCCUCUUUCAUUAGAUAAAUAAAAUGGCCAAUUUUGUUUUCAAGUUUCAUUAAGCUAUGCCACUUUCUCUUUCAACUUUCUUUUAUUUUUCAAUCUUUUCUAAUUAAAGCACCCUUUUUCCUUUUUUGUGUCUUGUUUUUUCUCUAUAUUUUUCUUUCACUUUUCUUUCUUGCCCAACAUCAAGGAAAAGUGAAUACUAGUACUCCUCCAAUUAACCAAAAAAAAAAGUUUUUUUUUCUUUUUUUCUCUCUCUUCUUAAACAAGCUUUUAUUUUUCUUCUUCUUCAACUUCUUCUACACUUCAUAAAUUCUGAGCCUUUCUGAACUUUCCUAAUUCAGUUUCAACAUUCAAUGUCUUAUGCUUAUACCCUUUUGUUUCUUUCAUUGAUUUUCCCAAUUGGGUUAUGCUUAAGUUGAACCUACAGAAAAAAACUAUCAUUUUUAUCUUCAAAAAGAAGAAUAAUUAAUUUUGAACUUUUUUGGUGCUUAAGUUUCAGUUAUGAGAAUCUAAAGAGGUAAAGGAAUUUCAUUGAAUUUUAUAGAUCUUGCACAAGUGGUUUCUAGGGUUAUCUUUUGGGUGCAUUCUCUUUGAAUUUUUUGAAAAAAAGUUGGGUCUAUAAUCUAUUCUAGAUUCCUCAAGAGUGUGUGUGUCUCUUUUCAUACACACACAAAAAUAAUAAAGAAGGUAUUUGAUUCCUUUUGAAAAAAAUGCUUAUUGAUUUUGAUUUUGAUUUUAAUUUUAAGUUGUGGUAAAAUCUACACCUCUGCUUCUCUUCAUUUAUCUCUUUCUUUGGAUUCAACUCUGUUUCAAAAUCAUAAAAAUUUGAUUUUUCAACUUGUUUUUUUGUCGUUGUGAUGAAGUGUGAAAUGGGAAUUCUUUCUUCUCAUGCACCAUUUGUUGAAAACAAUUGGUUUAUGGAAGAUAGUUAUAACAUUAACAGGAGAAUAACAAAAUGGACUGUAUCAGAGAACAAAUUGUUUGAAAAUGCUCUUGCUGUUUAUGAUAAAGAUACGCCGGAUCGGUGGGUUAAGGUAGCUGAAAUGAUACCGGGAAAAUCUGUUGUUGAUGUGAUGAAUCAGUAUAAGGAAUUGGAAGUUGAUGUUUGUAAUAUUGAAGCUGGUUUGGUUCCGAUUCCGGGUUAUACUACUACUAGUACUAGUAGUACCUCACCUUUUACCUUAGAUUGGGUGAGUUCUUCUGGUUAUGAUGGUUUUAGAGGAAUCAAUUCUAAGAGAAGCGCGUCUGGUAGAGCGCCGGAUCAGGAGAGGAAGAAAGGUGUGCCGUGGACCGAAGAAGAACACAAGUUAUUUCUGUUGGGUCUGAAAAAGUAUGGAAAAGGUGAUUGGAGAAACAUAUCAAGAAACUUUGUGAUCACAAGAACACCAACACAAGUCGCCAGCCAUGCUCAAAAAUAUUUCAUCCGGCAACUCUCCGGCGGCAAAGACAAAAGAAGAGCUAGCAUCCAUGACAUAACAACUGUUAACCUCACAGAAACUUCAAAAGCUUCUCCAACUUCAGAAAACACCAAAACAUCCACUUCACCACACCACCAUAACCAUUCCAUGAACCUCAACAAAUAUUCCCCCGCCGCAUCCGAGAUGCAUUUUCAGCCGGCUAUGAUGAUGACAGCUUUCAACCCUUCUCAUGAACAAGUUUUCAUGUCUCCUAGUAACUCUUAUGGAUUCAAAAUGCAAGGUCUAAAUCAAAAUAUGCAUAGAAAUCCUCUUCAUGAGUCUUCUUACUUUGGAACUCAAGCACAAAACAUGGUUUUCCAAAUGCAACCUUCUCAACAAAACUAUGCAUGAUGAUGAUGAUGUUGUUGGUGAUUGGUUGUAUUGUAUUGAGUUAUUUAUUACUCACUCUGAUCUUGUUUAUAAAAUAAAAUUUACUUUUUAGAUUAAUCGAAUAAUCAAUAUAUAUAUAUAUAUCAGAUAAUAUAUUGAUUAUUUAAUGAAUCUAAAAAGUAAUUUUUCUUUUACGAAUAGAAUCGUAGGAUCAGAGAGAGUAUUAUUUAUAGCUAGAAGAAGUAUAUUUGUUUGGUUUUUUUCCUGCUAUAGUCCUAGUACAAUGUUUAUGUUUUUUUUACCAAGUUCUAUGUGAAUAUAUUGCAUUAGAAUAUUAUAGUUAUCAGUUAGUUAGUUA